UACCACUUCCUGUUAACUGAAAAUCUCAGCAGAUGUCAGAUUAUUUCCUCUAAAAUGUUGUUGUUCUUUUGUGACAGUUGACUUUGAUUCGCAACAAAGAAGUAUUUAAAAACACUUCGGUUACAGUUUUGUAUUUAAAAUCCUUCAUUUAUAACUUUAAAAGGAUGUCUUCAAAGAGAGUAAACACAACUGCCACUGCCCGGCUAAGGCAGGAUUACAUGCGGAUCAUGAAAGACCCAGUUCCCUAUGUGAAGGCUGUUCCUCUUCCAUCAAACAUUCUAGAAUGGCACUAUGUAGUAACUGGUCCUGAAAACUCACCUUAUGAGGGGGGCACUUACCACGGGAAGCUGGUUUUCCCAAGGGAAUUUCCGUUCAAGCCUCCAAGUAUAUACAUGAUCACCCCAAAUGGAAGAUUCAAGUGUAACACAAGGUUGUGUUUGAGCAUCAGUGAUUUCCAUCCUGAUACCUGGAACCCAGCUUGGUCUGUGUCCACAAUCCUGACUGGCAUGCUCAGUUUCAUGCUGGAGAAAACCCCUACCCUUGGUAGCCUGGAGACUUCUGAUUACACAGUGAGUAUUUGAUAUCUGAUAAUUUAUGUACAUUAUUCAAUUCAGUGUGAAUGUACA